GUUGAGAAUCCUUGCGCCUGCGCAGUGGAGUCCUUUGAGGUCCGAUUCAGGAACCGGCUUUGCCAGUCCUGGUAGUAGCUGCACCGAUUUGACUUUCCAACGAUAAAGAUGGCUGAUCCAUGGCAGGAAUGCAUGGACUAUGCUGUUACUUUAGCAAGAAAAGCUGGAGAGGUAAUUCGAGAAGCUCUGACAAAGGAGAUAGCAAUCAUGAUUAAAAGCUCUCCAGCAGAUCUAGUGACAAUCACUGAUCAAAAAGUGGAAAAUAUGAUUAUUUCUUCUUUAAAACAAAAAUAUCCAUCUCACAGCUUUAUUGGCGAAGAAUCUGUUGCAGCUGGUGCAGGAAGUACCUUGACAGAUAAUCCCACCUGGAUUAUUGAUCCUAUUGAUGGAACUACUAACUUUGUACAUAAGUUUCCCUUCGUGGCAGUUUCAAUUGGCUUUGUUGUGAACAAACAGAUGGAAUUUGGAAUUGUGUAUAGUUGCGUGGAAGAUAAAAUGUACACUGGGAGGAAAGGAAAAGGAGCAUUUUGCAAUGAGCAGAAGCUUCAUGUAUCACAGCAGCAAGAUAUUACAAAAGCACUGUUAGUGUCAGAGCUGGGAUCCAAUCGUGAUCCAGAAGUUGUAAAGAUUGUUCUUUCUAACAUGCAAAGACUUCUUAGCAUCCCUGUUCAUGGGAUUAGGGCAGUUGGAACAGCAGCCAUAAAUAUGUGUCUGGUGGCAACUGGUGGAGCAGAUGCCUACUAUGAGAUGGGGAUUCACUGCUGGGAUAUGGCGGGAGCUGGAAUAAUCAUCACUGAAGCAGGAGGAGUGCUGCUUGAUGUGUCAGGAGGGCCAUUCGAUUUGAUGUCCAGAAGGAUAAUUGCGGCCAAUAGCCAAGCAUUAGCAGAGCAGAUUGCUAAACAGCUUCAGGCCAUUCCUUAUCAAAGGGACGAUGCAACAGAUUAAUGUGUCAAAAUGAGAUCCUUCAUAUGAUCGACAGCUCCUUUCACUUGGAUCCUGUGCUUCAAAAGCUCUUUCAGGGUUAAGCACAUCCUUUGCACUUGAGCAGUGUGGCAGGAAACAGUAGGGUUAGUAGUGCAUCCUGCUAUUUCAAAAUCUGUUAAUUCCUUCUUUCCCAACUCAAGAGUUUCUGGAAAUUUAUUUUGUCUUGUGAAAGUGGAAUAUGAACAUUUGAGAAAUGUCUAGGAGGGCUGCUGGAAAUGAAGAGUGGGUUAUUUUAUCUCAGGAAUUGAUAUAUUGUAUAUGCCCCAUGUAUGUAAUUCAGGGUCAUUUCAUUUCACAACAAUGUUGCGGGACUCAUGUAUGCA